AAACCCUAAAAGAAACAGGACCCCCUCUACCUUUUCAAUUGUAGUGUCACUCAAUUGUAGUGUCCAUGGGGAUGACUGAUCCAUGAGGGCUUACAGUAAUGAUGAGCAAGAAGGAACACAUUAGGAGAGAUUGCAGCAGUUUGCUUUUGCCUGAGCCUACCGAGAAGGGUAAGAUUUUGCCCUCUUGCUAUCAAACCCAACACUCCCCACCUCAAAAGAGUUAUAGUUUUCAAAGGACAUUGAGCCAGAAUGAAAUACAGCAGUGUCCAGCAAGUCUUGGCCACCCCGUAAUGGACCAAACCCUUUCAAAGCCAAACCCUUUCCUUGUCUUCACCCUGGUGAGUCUCUCUCUAUUCAAUUAGAUGUUAGCACAGCUCACCAGGCAGGACCCUUCCUAACUGAGGCCCAUCGCUUUUGAAUUUCGACUCUUCCUGCUGAGUGAAUGUGCUAUAAACUAUCUUCAAGCUUUGAGGUCCCCAUAGCAGCCUGAUUCCCUCUCAACCAAGCCUUGAGUGGGUUCAUUGCUCACAAAGGGUGGUUGACCUUGCUUAUUAUUACCCUUGUCUUGAUAGGUUGGAUAGAGAGGACUGAGGCAGGAAGCACUUGAGGAGCUUUUGCCAGAAACCAGCUUCCCAACCUCAGCAAAGGAUAGAAAGAAAGCAGUCAACCUCAAGGAGUUCUGGCACAGCUCCAUCUCCAUUUCUGACUCCAACAUUCACGGAACGUUGCUCUCGACUUCUUUCCCACAUCAGCUCCCUAGACUCUUUUUUCCCCUCUCUUCCUUUAAUCAAUUCCACUUACUUCUGGGCUUACCACCAAAGGUCCUUCCCAUGUGUUUCAAAAUCAGAGGAUUCUUAAUGAUCAAGGACAGCCGUUUAUUCAAGAAAUGGCCGGUGGAGUAUCGUUGGGUUGACCCCGUGAGCAGCAAAAGUACUCUCGAAGCAUACUUCAGCAGUAGCACUAUCGUUCCUAAUUACAAAGUAAACCCAGCCCUACAAGAUGAAGAUGCAAAUAGUAGAAAGUCUAGCAGCGUCUUCCAAGCGGUGCGGCGCAAUUCCAGCAAAUGUGCCAGAUACGUGCUGGCCCACUCUGUCGGCCGCUGCCUGCUUUACCCGGGCUCCGUGUGCCUUCUGAACAAAGUGUCGCUAUCUUUACUAGUUCAUGGUCGGAGGCUUCUGAUGGAGGAAUUUCAUGGGAAACGAGCCAAACUGAUUGCUCGUGAUGGUAACGAGAUCGACACCAUGUUUGUGGACAGGAGGAGGAAGAAAACGGCAGAAAACCAGGGGAUGAGGUUGGUCAUAUGCUGCGAAGGCAACGGCAGUUUCUACGAAGUGGGCUGCAUCUACACGCCUCUGAGGGCUGGCUACUCCAUCCUAGGAUGGAACCACCCUGGCUUUGGAAGAAGUACAGGGAAGCCUUACCCGCAGAACGACAUCAACGCCAUGGACGUUGUUCUCCAGUACGCCGUAUGCCGCCUGCACUUCCCGCUGCCAGACAUUGUCAUCUAUGGCUACUCCUUGGGGAGCUACACUGCCACCUGGGCAGCCAUGGCUUACCCAGAGCUGGGCGCUUUGGUGCUGGAUGCCUCCUUCGACAGCUUGGUCCCUUUGGCCAUGAAGGUGUUGGGCGGGAAAUGGAAGGGCCUGGUGUGGCGGACAGUGAUAGAGCACUUCAACCUCAACGUGGCCGAAAUGCUGUGCCAGUACCAAGGUCCGGUGCUGCUGAUCCGGAGGACCCUGGAUGAAGUCACCAGCACCCAGUUCGACCCAAAGACCUCCCUCCCCAUCGCCAGGACCAACCGGACAAACGAACUGCUGUUGCAGCUGUUGCACUCCCGCUAUCCCAAUAUUCUCGAUGGGGAAGAAGAAGCUGUGUACUUUUGGCUCUCGGCCGACAGCCCUCCCGUGGAAACCCUCAUCUAUCGCCACUUCUAUAAGGUUGAUGACAAAUGGUGCCUCCAGGUGCUUGAGAACUACAAAGCCAGCCUUGGACCUAACUGUGCCUUCCCAUGGGAUGUGGGAGAAGACCUGGUGCCCAGCCAGAAGCAGGAGCUUGCUUUGUUUUUGGCCAAGAAGCACCUGAAGAACGUGGAGACGACCCACGGAAGAAAUUUGCCACCAGAGGAAUUCGAGUUGCCCUGGAAGCUCUAGUCAGGCUGGAGAGGUUGGUGGUUUAAUUGCAGAUGGAAAAGAGAGAAAUAAAAACUAGGGUGUGCUUUG